CGCCCUCAUCGCCUGCUGGGUGUAAAAGCAGAGAUUUAUCACCUUCCCCAGUGUGUGUGUGUACGUAAUCACGACUAUGCCAUCAUCAUUAUCCCGUCGCUGGCUUGCAGGGAAAAACCGGUUCGGACAAACAAAGGCUUGGUUACCCGCAGUGGACAGAUACCCGCAGUCGGACGCAGAGCUGCCUGACGUCCGUGUCUAGUGUGUGGUGUGACGAUUGAACAUCAUCUGUUUUUUGGGGUUUACUGCAGACGCUUGCUUCGUGGGGGCGAUGAGUGACGAGGUUUAACAGAGGGAGUUCACAAAGCCGCAUCUAUUGCAACAUAUUGUUCCCCGAAGGGUCUGCAGCAGCACGUAACGUGGCCGUGUGGCUCUGCGACACGGUAUGCGUUUAUAUAGGUGACAUCCACACACGUACACACACACACGUGUGUGUGUGUACAGUACUGCACGUGGACACAUACAGUAAGACGACGUUCACGCACGGGAACGCGCAUUCGGAGACAGCGCAGUGUACAGCAACAACAAUGACUGCACGUACACAUGCAGAACACACACACACACCGCAUCGAUUAGUGAAUUGCAUUAGAGCGAUAGAUUCGGCAACGUUGUAUGUAUCUACGGUCGUACGUACAUAAAUACACGUAGAAUCAGUUCAGGUGCAAUACAGCGGGCAUGACCGUGCGUAACACGGUCAUCGAACGAGAGCGACGAUCAGCCGUGAUGUCAUCGAAUACACCGAACGAAAGAUCAUCCGUUCAGCUGCGUAGAGUUAUUGGCAAGUACUGUUAACACACGCACGUAAACCUACACAUAAAAAAACAACACGCAUACUGCGUUCUAUACGUACACACGUACCCUUGUAUCGAUACAUACACGCAUAAACGCACACGCAAUACACAGCCCACACAUACCGACCGGCGUCCAGCUCUCUUGCUAAGCGGUGCGCACAAUGAAUGGAGGUCAGCGUUUAGGCGCAUCGGCACUUCUCAUGAGCGUGGCCACUCUGAGCCUCAUCGUCAUCGUCACCACCUCGUCUCCCGGGUCAGCGAUCGGCGGCGACGAGGACGACCGCCGCGAAGGGGGAGACGUGGCCUCAACAGGGGCCGGUGGAACGGAAGGGCCUCCGGGCACACGCCAGGGCGCCUUCGCUCCUACGCCGUGCCCGACCACAUGGAGUCCUCAAAGUGUCUCCUCGUCGCACCGCAAGGGCUUCGCGGUGGUCUCCCUUCACUGGGACCACGUUCAGGAGCCGUACGUCAUCGCUGUGUGGAUACUCGUGGCCAGCCUGGCAAAAAUUGCCUUCCACCUGUCCAGCAGAGUGACCUCAGUGGUACCGGAGAGCUGCCUGCUCAUCGUGCUGGGCAUUGUCCUGGGCGGCGUGGUGUUGGGCUCCAGCCGCUACGCCGAGUUCACGCUCACGCCCACCGCCUUCUUCUUCUACCUGCUGCCGCCCAUCGUGCUCGACGCCAGCUACACCAUGCCCAACCGGUUGCUGUUUGACAACCUGGGCACCAUUCUCGUGUACGCCGUGGUGGGCACCCUGUGGAACGCGGCCGCCACGGGGCUCUCGCUGUACGGCGCCCACCUCGCGGGGGCUCUGGGCCCCCUGCGAGCGAGCCUGCUCGACUACCUGCUCUUCGGCAGCCUCAUCGCGGCCGUGGACCCCGUGGCGGUGAUCGCCGUGUUCGAGGAGGUGCACGUCAACGAGGUGCUCUUCAUCAUCGUCUUCGGGGAGUCGCUGCUCAACGACGCCGUCACCGUGGUUUUGUACAAAGUGUUUGACACUUUUGUGGAAGUUGGUGCCGAAAAUAUACAGACUGUGGACUACAUGAAAGGAUUUGCUUCGUUCCUCGUGGUGAGCCUGGGCGGCACGGCGGUCGGAGUCGUGUUCGCGUUCAUGCUGUCGCUCGUCACCCGCUGCACCAAGCACGUGCACGCCAUCGAGCCGGGCUUCGUCUUCCUCUUCGCCUACCUCGCCUACCUCUCCGCCGAGAUGCUCUCGCUCUCCGCCAUCCUCGCCAUCACGUUCUGUGGGAUCUGCUGCAAGAAGUACGUGGAUGCCAACAUUUCGGUGCAGUCACAGACGACCAUCAAGUUCACCAUGAAGAUGCUGGCGAGUGGCGCCGAGACAAUCAUCUUCAUGUUCCUGGGCAUCUCGGCCGUGGACACUCACAAGUGGACCUGGAACACCGCCUUCAUACUGCUCACACUCAUCUUCGUCUCUGUCUACCGCGUCAUAGGUGUGGUGGCGCUUACCUGGCUGCUCAACCGCUUCCGCAUGGUGCCCCUGGGCCCCAUCGAGCAGGCGGUGAUGUCGUACGGCGGCCUCCGCGGCGCCGUCGCCUUCGCGCUCGUGGCGCUCCUCGACGAGGGCCACGUGCCCGAGAAGCGCCUCUUUGUCAGCGCCACCAUCAUCGUCGUCUUCUUCACCGUCAUCGUGCAGGGUCUGACCAUCAAGCCGCUCGUCAAGUGGCUGAAGGUGAAGAGGAGCGAGGAGCGAGAGCCGACGCUGACCGAGGAGCUGCACGAGAGAGCAUUUGACCACAUUCUCGCGGCCAUCGAGGAUGUGGCCGGAGAGUACGGGCAUCACUACUGGAGGGACAAGUUUGAGCAGUUUGACAAGCGGCACCUGAGCCGCCUGCUGAUGCGGCAGUCCGCCCGGCGAAACAAGAGCGAGAUCUGGGACGUUUAUCACCGACUCAACAUCCAGGAUGCCAUCAGCUUUGUGGAUCAGGGAGAGCGGAGUGGCUCUUUGGCAUUCAUUCGCACGCCGAGCGGGGAUAAGAUGAGCAGCGUCAACUUCUCCAUGGCACGACUACAGGCUCCUGAGGCUUCUAUCAGCAACAUGCUGAGGGAGAACAGCAGCUGCGUGUGCCUGGACAUGCAGGCGGUGGAAGCCGGCCGUAAGAGUGUGCGCGACCGGGAGGACAUCGUCACUCACCGCAUGCUCCAGGAGAACCUGUAUCGACCGCCACGCAGGCACAAGCACAGGUACGGUCGCUACACGCUGGCCGGCCAGAGCGAGCAGGAUCGGCAGGAGACGGAGAUAUUCCAGAGGACCGUGCACAAGCACCUAAGCGCCUUUGCGAGCAGCCGGCACUGUGUGCAUGGCAAGGCGAAGGCAAAGGGCUGCAAGAAGAAAGCGGGAGACAGAGUGGCCAAUGGAAAGCCACCAUCUACCAGGAUGAAACAUUCAGUCAGUUGGAUAGACACAGCAGUGGACUCGGAAGAGGACUCUGACGAAGAUGAAGGAAUCACGUUCGUGGCCAAAGGGUGCCACCAAAUCCUGAAGGACAUCAAAAACGGUUCGGUGCCCAUGGCCGGCAGCCCCCGGGUGCAGCCGCCCUCUCCGCCGACGCUGUUUGAGCGGGAGCCGCCCUGGCGAGCGCCGGCCUCUCACGGGCAGCUCUCGCCCACGGCCGAAGCCGCCGCGGCCGCCGUGGUGUCGGAGAGCGCCGGCAAGACGGUGCCCGCCUGGCACCAGAGCUUCUCGUCCUCCAUCGAGAGCCUCAACGGCGCCAAGCCGCCGCCGCCGCCGCCGCCGCCGCCGCCGCCGCCGCUAGCCGUCGGCCGUCGCCCAGACCCACGGGCGAUGCCGGCGCGUCCCGACGGCGACCCCGAGGACGAGGAGGGCGACGGCGCCGUGGAGCGGCAGGAGCGGCAGCCGCUGAUGGCGCCCGAGGGCUGCCAGGCGCAGCGAGCGGCUGGCGCGCACCAGUGGCGCUGCCGCCGCUCGCCGAGGACACGACGGGGCGGCCUGCCGGCGGUGCCGGCCACGGCGCCGGACAAGGCCGGCGGUGAGCGCGAGACGGUGCUGUGAUCGACGCCACGGAGCCGACGGGAGGCGCUGGCGCCCGUGGGCUCCCCGCGGGAGCCGGGCACCGGCAGCGUGUUUGCGGUUUCACGUUUGCGGCGAUUUCGGUUAAUGGGCGACGUCGUGUAGAAGAGGGGCGGAUUGAAAGCGCCGUGCGGUCGAGUAUUGUUGUUUUUAUUAUUGAUGUCUAGCAGAGUUUGCAGACUGAGUUAUUAAUUGCAGGAGCACAAUGAUAAUUAAUGUGUUGGGUCGCAUUCGAAACUGUCAAUAUAUGUUUGCAAAAUUACUUUGUCACUGUAGUAGUACUUAUGACACAUUUCAAAUCAAGAUUGUAGUAAUACUAAUAAUAACGCACAUCGCUCUAUCUGCUCCUGGAUCAAAUCUCCCCAUGCCAUUUUAGUCAUGGAGGUUGUCUGAUCACACUAUGCCACGCUGGUUUGAUGAUGAUGGGAGGCCAGGAGCAGUACAUAUACAUAUCACUCACCACUGAUGUUAACCGUGGCCGGGAGUCAAACUCAGGUCACGAGGCUUAUAGCAUAGUUUGCCGCCCUCUUUAUUUAUAAUACACGCACACACAUAAUAAACACACAUACGCGUGUGUUUAUAUGAAUGCAGUAAACAUAAACACAGCAUAUGUUUUGCAUCUGUAUGCUAUAUAUUCUGAAUGCUCAUAAUGUAUAUAUGUGUUUUAAAGAAAACGUAUUUUGAAAAGGUUUCAGCCAAUAUGGUUAUUACGUGAUGCUUUUUCGAAUAUUACUUUAAAAGUAACUAGAGGUAAGGUUAACAUUUACGUUUAGACAGUUCCGUGCGCAAUGUAUCACCUUUGAAUGUACAUUGUAUUUGCUUUACGAUAAAUCCUGGCACCCUGUCGGUUCUCUUAACAUAGUGCCUUAGCAAUAAACUUACAAUGUGA